AUGACGGCCGUGUCUGCCUCCAACCACGAAGAGGAGCUCCGGAACGACCUCAUCUCCCACUUCGUACUGCGAUUGGCGUACUGCCGUACUGCCGAGCUCCGGAAGUGGUUCCUGGCACAGGAAUGCGAGCUGUUCCGACUCAAGUUCGGGACUUAUAAUGCUGCGGAGCAUGAGGCAUUUUUGGCGGCCCAUGCUCCCCAGUACCGCCCCGUACCUGCCGCCGAGCUGGAUGAGCUGCUGCCCGAGAUUGUCCAGGUGGGGAGGGCCCGGGCCGUACUCCGCGCUCAACAGGACAGGAGGUUCUACAAGGUGUCCUGGUCCCGGGUUCCGGAGCUGGUGUCGCAACGCAGGGUGUUGCUGCGGGGCGGAUGGGCCUACGUGAGCCGGGACGCCCUGGCCCCCUUGGUGAUCACGGAGUUCAGAACGGGGAUCAGCAAGGGCCUUUCCGAAAUGGCUCGCAAGUGGCGUCAGAUGUUUCCGGCGGAGGAGGAGCAGCGCCUGCAGCCCCUGGUGGCGUCCCUAGUCGCUGACUACAGCGGCGUGGCCACCAAGUACGGCGAUGUGUCCGUCGCCACCCUGCACCAGCUGGCCUCCCGCCAUUUCCCGCUGUGCAUGUCCCACCUAAUGGCGGCGCUGCACUCCGAGAGGCACCUCAGACACGGGGGCAGACAGCAGCUGGGCCUGUUCCUCAAGGCCAUUGGUCUGCCUUUGGAGGAGGCCCUCAUCUUCUGGCGCUCCGAAUUCGCGCCUCGAACUCCCGCGGACCAAUUCGAUAAGCAGUACGCGUACAACAUACGACACAACUACGGCAGGGAGGGCAAACGUACGGAUUAUACGGCGCACAACUGCACCACCAUCGUGGGGUUCAGCGGCGGUCCGGGUGACCACCACGGCUGUCCGUACCGCCGACUGGAUGAGCCCUCGCUGAGGGCGGCGCUGGGUCGGCUGAGGUGUGAUGACCGCAAAAUCGAGGAGGCGGUGUCGAAGGCGCGUGACGGGCACUACCAGCUGGCGUGCGCUGCCGCCUUCGAGGGGAUGCACCGAGUGCCCGAAAUGGAUGUGGGAAUUUCGGCGCCGCUACAGUACUAUGCGGGUAGGUUACCGAGGGGGGGGGAGGGGACACCGGAGGCAUCGGACCCGAGGGGAGCAUGGCUGGGUCGGGGUGGUGCACGAACAGGAGGUCCUGAAACGUGCAGCGGGUAG